UGAGGCGAACCAUGAAAGUGUUAUGGUGAUUCUCCCACCGGGAACGUUGAAUUGGUGUCACACUGCACGGGGUAGCAGGUGCUCGAUAAAGAAACGUCCACAGAAACUAUAAACUAUAGAAAAUGGAUGAGAAGUGUCCAGCAAUCCAGAAGCCCCUAGAGCUGGAAUAGAGUAACCUCAGAAGAGACAAAUACAAAGUCAUUCAUGCUUGCCAUGUUGUGUUCAGCACUGCUAGCUGGCUGCUGUUUUGGACGAGUGCUGUCAGACGGACUUUCAACUUUUUUUUUGUUGCUGUACACAAAAAGACAGAAAAUAGCAGCACCAUUGACAGACUAUCAAUAAGCAGCUCAAUGGAUAAUCAAUGGGUUUAACCAAUCAGAGAGCAUAAAGCAACUUGGGUGAAGUCAUUGGCUAAAGCAUUUUGUAUAAAGCACACUGAAAGGCUCUCCAAAAGCCAAAAUUCACCCUUGAACAAUACGAGAGGCUGUGUAUAUCUGUAACUGUUGUGUCUGGAACAACACCAUCACCUUAUCUGAAGGGGCAACAGCAGCAAGUUUGAAAGCCAAAGAGCCUGGCAUGCUGCCAUCUGCCCUGGACCUCCCAUUCUUGUUGAUAAGAAGAAGUGUUGGUUAUUCUCGGUAAAGACCCACUUGCUUGAAAUCCUUUGGAGCAUAUCCUUUCUCUGUAGGGUUGCUGGGGUAAAAUGCCAGAGGAAAGUCAUCCGUCAAGAAGGCUGCUGCAUUAAUGCAAAAAGAACCGGAAGAAUCUGACACCAAACCGGAGUCUCCUUUUACCAUGGAGAACAAAAGAAAUGUGGGCAUUAAGGAAGAAGACGACGACAAUGACUGUGAAUGGAAAUCUGUGCAACAUCAGACGAUGAUUCAUGGCACGGAAAAGGAAGAGGAUUUCAAAUGGCAACCAGUAGUUAUUAAAGAAGAGUUUGAGCCCACGUCUGAUAACACUGACUGUCAAAAAAGUGAAAUUGUAAAUCAUGUCAAGACUGAAGAUGUUAAAUUGGAGUCAGUCAUUCAGAACGUGCAUCCAGAUGAGCAGCUAACUGGAACAGACUUUGUGGAAAAUAAAUCUGACAGCAUCCAGAAUGAUUCCGUCCAGAUGAAGACAGAAUGUUUGGUGCUUUCUCAGUUCCCUUCAUGUAAGAAUGCACUUUCUGGAGAAGAUAUAAAAGAAAGGGGUACCAUCUCCCCAUCUUCAUUUCAUCAGAUUUGUACACUGAAGAGACCACAGCAAAACCUGGAAAGACUGACACCUAAUUCAGAGGUUUUGGGGAUGACCACAAGUUCAUACAAAAUCAACACUCCAUGCAUGUUUGAUGCACAUUCAGAAGCUUUGGAUUUCUUUCAAGAGCAGAAAAAAACUUCAGAACAAAAAUUGGAGACAAAGUAUAAGUGGAGUCAAGCAGGACAGAAACCAUACUGCUGUUCAGAAUAUGAAAAACAAUUCUCCAACAAUAGCAGGCCUCUGAUACAAAAGAUAAUCCAUAGUGGAGAGAAGCCUUUUUGCUGUUCUGAAUGUGGGAAAGAAUUCUCACAAAAAAGGUAUCUUCAGACCCACACAAGAAUCCACACUGGAGAGAAGCCGUACGGCUGUUCUGACUGUGGCAAAGGAUUCUCUAACAAACGCAGUCUUCAGAGCCACACAAGAAUUCACACUGGAGAAAAGCCGUUUUCCUGUUCUGAAUGUGGUAAAAAAUUCGCCAACAAUAACAGUCUUCAGACCCACAUAAAAAUUCACACUGGAGAGAAGCCACAUAGCUGUCCCGAUUGUGGCAAACGAUUUUCUACCAAUGGCCUUCUUCAGAAGCACACAAGAGUUCACACUGGAGAAAAGCCAUACUGUUGUUCCAAUUGUGGGAAACAAUUUGCUGACAAAAGUAAUCUUCACAUCCACACAAGGGUUCACACUGGAGAGAAGCCCUAUUGCUGUUCCGAUUGUGGAAAGCGAUUCUCCUCCAGCAGCUGCCUCCAGAGACACAGAAGAAUUCACACUGGAGAGAAGCCUUAUUGCUGUUUUGACUGUGGCAAACAAUUUGCUGACAAAAGCAAUCUUCUGAUCCACACAAGAGUUCACACGGGAGAGAGGCCAUAUUGCUGUUGUGAUUGUGGGAAACGAUUUUCCUCCAGCACCUGUCUACAGAGACACAAAAGAAUUCACACUGGAGAGAAGCCAUAUUGCUGCUCGGACUGUGGAAAAGAAUUCUCUGACAAACGUAAUCUAAGGCAUCACAAAGCAAUUCACAUAGUAAAGAAGCCAUACUGCUGUUCAGAAUGUGGAAAACGAUUCACACAAAUGAGCCAUCUACAGAUCCACACAAGAAUUCAUACUGGAGAGAAGGAAACCUUGUCUUUUGAUUCAUAUAUUCUCUCUAUGGGCUACUUGGGGUGGGCUGCCAAGGAGACAACAGCAUUAAAGUGUAAGCACCCCCUGCAUAAUACAACAAGGAAGGGAGGGAAUCUCGCAAUAUACAGAAGUCAUCUCUCCAGGUAUGCCAUGGAGAACAAAAGAAAUGUGGCCGUUAAGGAAGAAGAGUUUAAGUGGGAAUCUGUGCAACAUCAGAUGAUGAUUUAUGGCACUGAGGAAGAAGAGAAUUGUAAAUGGGAACAAGUAGUUAUUAAAGAAGAGUCUCAGCAAACCUAUGAGACUACCAACCAGCUAAACAAUGAAACUGUAAACCAUAUCAAGGCAGAGAACUUUAAACCAGAGUCUGCUACUCAGUCUGUCCGUUUACAUGAGGAAGUGACUGGGACAGACUGCACAAAAGGUGGACCCAGUUUCCCCCAGAGUCAUUCUGUCCAGGUGAAGACCGAAAUUUUGGAUUCUGAGAAGGCAUUUUGUUCAAGGUAUUCGGGAGAAGAUUUACAACACAGUGGUACAGUCUCUUCGACUUUAUUUACCCAGACCUCUGCUCACUGUAAGCCACAGAAAAAUGAAGAAAUGAACAACUUCAUAGUAGGAUCAGAUGUUCUGAUAGUGACUUCGUCAUGUAGUUCAGCAGCUCUGUAUUCUUGUGAAGAUCAGCUGAAAAUAGCUGAACAAAAAUCCAUGACCAAACAAAAGAGGAGUGAUAAAAUACAGAGGCCAUACUGUUCUGGAUGUGGCAAAUUAUUCUCUAGCAAUAGCAGUCUGCAGCGACACCGAAGAAUUCAGAGUGGAGAGAAGCCAUAUUCAUGUUCUGAUUGUGGGAAACAAUUUGCACAGAUUGCCAAUUUUAAAACCCACACAAGGAUUCACACUGGAGAGAAGCCAUUUUCUUGUUCUCAUUGUAGCAAAGGAUUCUCUGACAGUAGCAGUCUUAAGAGGCAUAUAAGGAUUCACACAGGCCAGAAGCCAUAUUGCUGUUCUGUAUGUGGCAAACAAUUUUGCAAAAACAGUGACCUUCAGAGCCACACGAGAAUCCAUACUGGAGAGAAGCCAUAUUGCUGUUCUGACUGUGGGAAACAUUUCUCACAAAUUAGCUCUCUUCAGAACCACAGACGAAUUCAUACAGGAGAAAAACCAUAUUGGUGUCCUGUAUGUGGCAAACAGUUUUCACGGAAUAGCAAUCUUCAAGCCCACAAAAAACUUCAUACAGGAGAGAAGCCAUAUUGCUGUUCUGAAUGUGGAAAACAAUUCUCUACCAACUACAGUCUUCAGAAACACACAAGAAUCCACACUGGCGAGAAGCCUUAUUCCUGUUCUGAAUGUGGCAAAGUAUUUGCUCACAGUAGCAUGCUACAGAUUCACAAACGCAUUCACACUGGAGAGAAGCCAUAUUGCUGUUCUGAGUGCGGCAAACAAUUCACCAACAAGAGCAAUCUUCAGAGCCACGCAAGAAUUCACACUGGGGUAAAGCCAUAUCACUGUUCUGAAUGUGGCAAGCAAUUCUCAAGGAACAGCAAUCUUCAGAUCCACAAAAGAAUUCACAGUGAAGAUAAGCCAUAUCACUGUUCUGAAUGUGGGAAACAGUUCUCCCAAAUGGGAUAUUUUCACACCCACACUAGAAUUCAUAGUGGAGAGAAGCCAUAUUGCUGCCCUGUCUGUGGCAAACGAUUCUCUGACAGCAGCAGUUGUAAUAUGCACAAAAAAAUUCACACAGGCCAGAAGCCUUAUCACUGUUCUCACUGUGGCAAACAGUUCUACAAGAAGAGUGAUCUUCAGACCCACACAAGAGUUCAUACUGGAGAGAAACCAUACAGCUGUUCUGAAUGUGGCAAGCGAUUCUCUGACAAGCGUGGUCUUCAUAAACAUACAAGAAUCCACAUUGAACAGAAAAGGGAACUUUCAGGCCCAUCUGCAUCCCCUGCCAAUCACCAUAACCCCUUAGAAAUUACAAAAGGAAGCAUUAGGAAAGGUGCUACGCUGAGCCAUUGUUAUUAAUUUAACAGUAGCAGUGCAACAUAACAUCAUGAUUGGGCAAAUAUGUCUACAGAUAUUGGUUUGCUUAUUCCAUCUUGGACAGUCUAGGGUUGGUGGGACAAAACAGGAAUUUUCUUUGGUGGACAGUUGCACAAAUCAUAAAAGUUGCACCUACAGGACAGAAUGGUAUUAGCAAGUAUUGUGCCUGCUGCUUUUGAAAAGGUUGUGGAUACUGCAGCAGACAGAACCAGUUGUUGCAUGGCAGAUGCCUCUAGAGUUUACUGUGGGGAAUGGCACUUACGAAAAUGAAGCCAGGUUCCUGAUUUGACAACAAACUCACUAGAAGCAUCCUGUCUCUUCCACAGUCAUCCAGGGCCUGUACAGUCUGCAGUGCUGGUGCUUUAAACAGGAGCACAGUGAUUACCGGGCAGUCCAGCAUUUCUAGUCGCAGGAAGCAAAUUCAUGGAGCAGACUGCUUGAGGAGAACCUACAGGGUGGAUAGAGAAGUUAGCCGAGAUGGUUGGCAGUAAAGCAGCCAAAGAGGAUAGAGUCAGGAGCGCUGAGGAUUUAUGUGCAGGAGAGAGAGGACCACAAGGAGUUUUCCUCAGGUCAGCAGUUCUGCAGUGGGGUAUGUCCUGCAAUUAUUUUGAGUGAGCAUGAAGACACAGCAAAGGUGAGAUGCAACUCGACCAAGUGCUUGUUUGCCCAUUUGGUGUUUUAUUGGCAUCCCCCAUGGCCUUAACAGUGGGGCAGUUUACAUUGACCUGCAAAUUGCCUGUUCUGUUUUAGAGUAAAACAAUAACUAUGGAUGGUCAUCUGAGAGCUCAGACUGCUUGUGGUGCCUGUCUGUCUGUGUCUCUUCCAUCUUGGUGCUUGUUACAAUACUCUCCCCUCCUGAGGCAAAAUUGUUGAAACCCAGCUAUGUUGUGAAAGUGGCACCCAUCCAUAUAUCAGUUGCAAUUAAGCACAAGUUUUGAACGGAAUUGCACACAAUGUGACUAUAAAUUGCACGGUACGUUUACUCUAUAACUGACUUUGUAUGGUCUCUCUAUUUGUGUAUGUUGUUGCUUCCCCUUGUUAUACACUUUGUUUUGCAAGGUUUGUUUGUGGCACACUAAAAACUGCACAGUACAGCGACCAGUUCUUUAGAUUUUUUUUGUUUUCUCUUUAAUUGUGUUGUGUUUGUUAUCCCAUUUUUUAAUCAGCCAUGUUUUCUUUAUUUCAUUUAUAUUGUUUUUUAUUAUUAAAAUUGCCUUCCAGUAAAUAACUCUUUUGAGUAAUAAUAUCACAAAUCAUGGCAGGCUUUCGUAUCAUAAAUGAGAUUCUAGGUGUAACGGGAAAUGAUUCACGAAGGGGAGUUUACUAGCGCUACAUUUUUGUCUCAACACACUUUUUUCAGCUGUCUUGCCAGUUAUGCCUAUGAUGGUGCGGGUCGGCACCAUGCUCCCACUCUUGUUUCAGGAGCCUCUUGAACCCGACACCAUUGACAGUCAUGACCAGAUGAGGACAAAAUACACAACACAUUGCAAGGGUUAGGUGCAAAAAUGAACUGUCCUUUUAUUAAAAACAAUCAAAUGAACUAUGUCCCAAAGUACAGUGCAUCGAAUGUUAAAUAAAUAAAUUAUCCAAAAACUUAAAGGUGCUGGUGGAGGUUAAAAAACAGCUCAAUAAAUAAUCAGUUAAAAACCAGAGAAAAUCCAUAAAAACAGUGAGCAAGCCCCAGUGCUUCCCUUUAAACCUGGCAUCUACUCCAGUUAUAUUGUCCGGACCUUGCAGGAGGAGGAGAUGCCCGCCGACAGGUGCACUCCAACUUCAUAUCGGGGUUCUGUUCCCUGCCACCCUUCCAACGCCAUAUGCAGGGCACUCCGUUGAGCCUCAUACGCUUCUCCCACCACUCACCUUUGGCCUUUGUGGGGAGACUCCGUCAAUUGAGCUGCUUCUACUCCCAAGAAAGUACCCUUUUUACAGCCUUCAGCUCCCACGGCCAUGAGGCUCACUCCUGACCACCUGCCUCACUCCAUUCAGCUUGGGUGCUCUCACUCUCCAUCUCUGCCUCUCUGUCCUCCUUUUCCUUUUAACCUCUUUCGUGUCCCUUGAGUCCCUCUCUCUCAGUCACUGGCCAGUCCUCCUCGACCCACUGAUCUGCUUUUCUUCCCGCUGGCACUUGCUCGUUACCUUUUAAAACAGGGACGUGGCACGAGUGGUGCAAUCAGCAGCUCCUGGUGCCAAUUAGGUUUGUGGGUGAGUGUUCUGAGUGCAGGGCUGUCCGCUCCCGCAUCAUGUACGGGAACCGAUCUCGCCACACUAGCACUCCCCCACACAAAGACGCGAGAGCUGCAAUUAUUUAUUUAAAAUGCACCCACCAGGCGCGGACCUCACUUCACCACAAUACCAUUUUGACAGUAAGCACAGCAAGUUAUGUUUGGGAAACCAUCUUGUUGACCUGAAAGCAACAAAGUAUUUGAUUACAAUGACUUGCUACAGAUUCACACAAAAACUCACGCUAGAGAGAAGCCCUAUAAGUGUUCUGAUUAUUGCAAACAAUCCACCAUCACUGGCUCCUUUAAGGAGUGUAAAGAGAUGCCAUAUUGGAGUUCUGCCCGUGGCAAAUGAUUCUCCUCUGGUACUCGUCAUUUUCAGGUUGACGCUGCUCACUAAAUACAUACAAAAAAGAGUCCUGCUUAAAAGUUGACUGCACUAAAAAUAGAACCUAUUCUCAAAUAAUGGCUUACUGUCAAUAAAAAGAAAUAGCUAAGGAAUUAGGAGAGCAAGGAUGGAAUCAUAACUAAAUGAAAAUAACUGCAUAUAUCAUGAAAAGCUGUGCAGAGAAUAUAAUCUCUAUAUAUGUAAAAUCCAGCGUCUUUAUGUCUGUCCGCUUUUCACGAG